GUGAGCAUUAGUGUUUCGUAUUCGCAUAUAACAAGCAGGAGAUAUCUCAACCACUUGUUUUCUUCUGUGCAUUUUCAUUCUGAGAAGUGGAUAAUUGAAUCAUUUGCAGUUCUUCCGCGUGAAGUUAUCGUUUCUUUAUUUUGGUUUUCCUGAAGAAAUAAAAAUGGUUAUAAAAGUGUAUAUUUCGGGAAUAUCUGGAAACCAUGAGAUACGAAAGCAUCAGCAAAGGGUGCUGUUUAUUCUUUCAUCUCUGAAAAUCGAUUUUGAAAUCAUAGACAUAACAGAGAUUGGAAAAGAAGAAGAGCGAGAGUAUAUGCGUAACCAAUGUAAAUUGCAUGAAAAGGAGAAUCCUCUGCCACCUCAGAUUUUCAAUAAUGAUGAUUACUGUGGGGAUUAUGAAGAUUUUGAAACUGCUAAUGAAGAUAAUGAGUUAAUGUUCUUUUUGAAGUUGAAAAAUAAAUUGUCAAGUGAAGAUAGUGAUGAAGAAAAGAAGGAAAUGGAUAAUCAACAUCUAAAUAAUGUGGAAACUGGAGAAAGUGAAGCUUUGAAAGCAUAAGGUUGGCAAACUGAAGGUUAUUACUAAGCCAAGGAAUCUAGGUGGAUUUCAUUAUUUUAUAAACAAAAAACAAAAAAAAAACUAGGAUUUUUAUAUCUGACAGUUUUCUGUGUAGUGUUUGUAAAUACACAGUAUAGCUACUAAAUGUAGUUUUGCUCACAAGUACCGAGCUUGCAUAUACAUUUUUUUUUAUUUAUUAUCUUGGAAUUUUGUUUUAUGUGUAGUACACAUUUUAAUUUUAUUGGUAUAAAAAAAAGUAAAGUUUUGGUUGCAGUUAAUGAGAAGAGUACUGCUUUUUAUUCAAUUCACAUUUGCAACUUGACAGAGCAAGUAUUUAAUUCUGUAAUUGAGGUAUAUGUAGAUUCAAAAUUUAAAGUUUAUAUAAUUUCACUUUAAAAGUUUACUAUUUAUUAAAAUAUUAAUGGUUAACAGAGAAAAGCAUAUAUGUAAUUUAUCUUAAUCUUUAUUUAAGAAAUUUGAUAAUGACUUAAAACCGUAAGCUUUCAAAUUUUAAAAUUCGCACUUAACAGAAUUUACACUCAAAUUAUGUACUUUUAAAUGGGCAAAUUUAUAAAUUUGUUUUGAUGUCAUAUUUAAUGUUUCUUCCUUGCCCUAUAUGUUUGUAGCAGAAUUGAUUUAUACUAAAUUUCUAUUGUUGAUUUACAAAUAGAAAAAGACUAGUUAAUCAUGUAUUAGUUUGUGUGAAACAUUGCAUUAUGUGUCAAUAUUUGCUAUUGUUGGCUUUACUUCAUAUUUUUUUUUAAUUUGCAGAUUUCCAUAAGUAUAUUUAAAGCUGUACUACAUAACGUGAGUUUAAUUAAAUCGUCAGUCUUUUAUGAGAUUUGAUAUUGUACUGAUGACUGUUAUUGUGUAGUAAAUGUUUAAAAAGUGAUACUGAUUUUGUAUAUCUUUUGUAGGAAAAUGAUUAGAUAUUGCAUUUAUUUCAAAAAAAAAAAAAAAAUCAAGAUCAUUCAUUUGAUUUAUAUCUGAAAUUUAUGUAUUUUGAUGUAAUUUUUAUUAGUUUUCUUAUAAAACAUUAUUUUUAAUCUGGGUUAAAAAAAAUACAAUUAAGGAGCAGUUGAAAAUAUUUAAAAUGUAUUUUGAUAUUUUAAAAGAUACAUUUGUCAUAUAAAAAAAAAUUGUUUGUAUUUCACUUGUAUAACUUUGAGAAGUGUUUUUCUAAUUCUGAAACUUGAAUCAAGAACUUGUCUUUUAUUUUGAGGACAUUUGUGCCAUUUUUUAAUAUAGUCACUUCAAAGUUGUUGUAAAAUCUACAGUACUAAAUGUUUCUGUCUAUGAAAUUUAAUUUGCAUAAAAUAUUUGCUGUGUAAAUGCAUUUUGUAUGUAUUUUUGUUUUUGUGCAUUCUCAGUUUUGAAGUCUUUUUUCGCCUUUUAUAAGUGUGUUGGCUGUAUACAUUGAUAACAUUUUUAUGAACUAAAAAGCCAUUUCUCAUUGGCUGAUGUAUUUAAUUUAGUAGCCUAAAAAGAUGUGUAAUGUUUAUAAGUUUAAAAAAAAAAAUAUGAUGGGGCCAAAUGCUUAGUUAUAUGAAUUACAGUUUAGCAUCUUCUGUUUAUGCUUUAACCUCAUGUAUUUUGUUCAUGAGAAGCAUAUUUUAAUUUUGUUUUGUUUAAGAAGAUUUCAUUCUAAAUUAAAAAGAAAUGUUGGAAAAAUAACAAUAUGGUUGUUAAUGAUUUUUUUUCAAUGCUUAUUCUGAAAAGUAAAUUAAAAGGGCAAAAGUAAUUAAUUUUAAUAUUGUAUUCUAAAUAGGUACAAAAUUUUCAGAAUUUAAUUGUAAUUUUUUGUAAUGAUUCAUCCUUUAUAAUCAGAGUUAAAAGCUGUCUAAAGCUUAAAAAAUCUUUUUAAUAAAGUAGAUUGUGAGAUGAGAGUUCAAAAUUUGAAUGGAGUUUAAAAGGUCUGUAUUUGUAUUUCUCAUAAAUGUUUCAUUUGAAGAUAUUUUGACUGAGCUUUAACUAAUGCUGAAAUAAGUGAAAUUAAUUGGCUGUUUGAUAUAUAAAUAUAAAACAAGAUACCAGUGUAAAAUAUGUACAAAAGCUCCCCCCCCCAGGGGAAAAAACUGGUUCGGGAACAUCUGAUCUAAUGCUUACUGCUAGCCUAGAUCCAUCAACAAAAUCAUGAUUCUUAUUGGAUAUGUAGCAUUUUCCUAUUAUUGUAAGAAUGGGACUACCUGUGUUUCAAGGUUCUUUUGAUGUGCAAAAUAAAAUCAUUAACUAUAAAUAAUGGAAUACGAAAAACUAAUUUUUUAAACAAUGCAUGAAAAUUAUAUUUAAUUUUUUUUUGGUGGAGUUUAUGUCUCUAUAUUCUCUAAAUUUGAAUUUUGGAAAGAUGUUUGCAAACUACAUUUUCUAGUACCGAAAAUUAUAUUUCUUGGUAAUUCUUUAAAAGCAGAAGAACUUUUGUAGCCCACUGAGUAUUUCAUUAUAGUAUAGUCCACGGUGUCAUGGAAUGAUUUUUUAUUAUGAAAACCUGAGUAUUUUCCUUCAAUAUGCAAAAAAAUUGACCUUCAAUUUUUAGAACUUUUAAAACAAGAAUAAUUUAAUUUUGCUUCAUAUAAUGUAUCAUACAUGUAUUAAUAAAAAUAAUUAGACCACUUUAAUAUCCUAAUAAAAAUGAGUGUAAUAUCACUUGAUAAUGAGCAGUGUUUAAUAUUUUACCAUGUUCUAAAUUGAUUUGCAGAGCUUUUGCUUUAAAUUUAAAAAGUUCUGAUUCUAUGGAAAUUUAUAUAAUUUUUUUUUAAUCUAUAAGGCUGUGAAAUGUAAUUGCUAAUGUAAAACCUGUAACUUUUUUAUUUCUGUAAUUUUAAAAAUAAUUAUAAAGGAAUAACAGCUGGAAAGAGGAAAAUAAAAGAGAAAACUGUGAUUUAAGUGAUAGAAGUUAGAUUGUGUAUAGUUUGUUUGUGGAACCAAUGGUAUCAUUUCCAUUUUAUGGUGGUUUUUUGAAAAACUGAUACAGUGAGAUAUAAGUUGGCAUUAUUUCACUAAUAAAAAAGUGAAAUAGUGCUCAAAAGAUAAGAGAUAUUUGUGAUAUUUGAUGCUAUGAAUUCUGGCCAAAGUCCAUGAAAUCUAAAUUAGAUUCUAGUUCAUAGAAUUGUAUGGUGCUUUGUAAUUUUUUCAUCUUAUUUAGCCUUCCAUUUGACUAUAUGAUGAUCGUUCUCUGAUGUUUAUAAGUUAGUAGUUUUGUAUUAAUGUGUGUAUUUUUUAAAAAUCAGAUAUGUUAAGCCUUAGAAGUGAAGUGCAGUGUAAUUUAAUUUAUUAAAAUAAUAAAAUAAAAAAAAAGUUCAUUUUUUUAAAAUUGUAUUUUGAAUAUAUCAAAAUUUUAUGUAAUAAUUUACCAUAGGUAAAGAAGAAUAUCGUAAAAUCAUAUUAAACAAUUUCUUUUGGGGCUACUUUUGGAGUAAUUUCCUUAUUUCUCCAUUUUGUAUGAUAUAGCUGCACUAUUUAUUUUAACAGUUUGCAGGCCUUAGAUUUAUUUCUAAACCUUGGAGGAAAAAGCAGUUUUAAGCUGGAGAGACAGACCUUCACAAUUGCAUAUAUAUUGCAAUUCAACACGAAGAAUGAAAAAAUUUUGAUGUCAAACUACUUGUAAUAUAUUAUAUUUCUCUUUAUUAUGCCACAUUAAAGAAGUUCAAGCAGUUUGUAUUAUUUGGCAUUUAGUGUCAGCUUAAAAUUAUGAAUAUUUUCUAAAUACAGUAUUUUAUAUAUAAAAAAAUUACUGCAAAUGCAGAUUUUAUCAUUUCUGAAUCUUUUCAAUCAUGCAUUUUUUAAAAUUUUGUUUCAGUAGUGCAUUUAAUAUGUACUUUGAAAUGAAUGUCUAUGCAAUGUAUUAUUUAGUCAUUUUGUUACUUUUAUAUAUCAUAUUCAGCUUUUUAAAUAAAUAGUUUCCUUUAUCA